AUGAAUAUAUUCAUAUCUCAAUUAUUCCAUUUAUUAGGAGUUCCCUCAUCUGCUUCAACUGGUCCUACAUCAACAUUAAUCAAAGUUGAUUCAUUAACAAGAAUUCAAAUAUUGAAAAAUUUAAAAGAAUCAAAAGCAAACUUACAUUCCUUAAUUAAAUUAUCUGAAUCCUUAAAUGAAAUCACCAUACCAGAAGAAACCAAAACCAUGAUUGAUUUAACUCUUGACAAAAUCAAUCAAGCUAUUGCUCAAGCUAAAGAUAUUCAUAAAAGUAUGGAAUUUAGUGCACAAGCUUUAAUAUAUUCAAAUAAAGCAUUUUUUGAAGAAAAAAUGGUCCAACAAGCUUAUUUCCCCAAUGAACAUAAAUUAGCCGUGUUAUUACCUUUAUUAGGACCUGUUUGUUCAAUUAUGAUUUUUGGUAGUUUGAAAUUAGUAAAAGAUUUGAAAUCUUUAAAUACUGUUUUAAAGAAGAAGAAAGAUGAAUGA